CCUUAACUUCACAAGGGACCCAACUUGCAGGAACUACAGAAUUGUCUUAGCAGAACCAACUUAAGGACAAUGAAGUGCGGGCAAUUUGGUCAGCUUUGAGAAAGAUGAGAGUGAUCCUUAAGUCAUCAACAGUUCAAACCAUAACUUCUUGUGCUCUGAACACUGGCUGGUGGGCUCUCUCUCUCUCUCAAUAAAAUAGGCUGCCACAUAUUAUAAGAGAUAAAAGAAAAUCGAAAAAGGAAGGAAGCGUCGCCUUCAACAUUAGAGUCAAACCAACGCCAAUAAGGAAGACUGCAGCACAUAAACAUGAAGGGCAUAUAAUGGGAGCAGGCAGCCAGAUGGUUUUAGACAGUGAGGGGAUGGAUACGGUAUUAUUAAAAUAGAGAGAGAGAGUCUUCUCUAGCAUGUCUACGCAGCCAGCUUGUUGAUUCUUCUGUUCUGUCUAUCCCCCGCAAUGGCUGCUGCCCCUCAUACAAAAUACCCUUCAGUCUUCUUUAGUUUCAUGUAGCAGCAGUAAUGGGGAGGACCAGUAAAUGGCUGAGAAGCUUCUUGGGCAGCGGCAAGAAGGAGAAAGAGAAGGACAAGGAGAGCCAAGGUCUCUCUCUGGCUGAGAAUCAAUCCACCUCCGCAGCAAGUCAGCCUCCAAAAGAGAAGCGCAGAUGGAGCUUCAGGAGAUCUACUCACAAGGAUUCGAAUUCUGCAGAUUCGAUUGCUGCCGCUGCUGCCAAUACUACCACAUCCGGUUCUAUCAUAUCCGUCUGCGAAUCUGAAAGUGAGCAACGGAAACAUGCUAUUGCCGUCGCUGCCGCCACCGCUGCGGCUGCUGAUGCCGCCAUAGCUGCUGCUCAAGCUGCCGCUGCUGUCAUCAGACUGACUGCCAGUCCCCGCAGGCCAACUGCUGCUGAAGAAGCCGCUGCCAUCAAGAUCCAGUCGGCUUUUCGUGCUCAUCUGGCAAAGAAGGCCUUGAGAGCACUAAAAGGUUUGGUGAGGUUGCAGGCAUUAGUGAGAGGUCACCUAGUGAGGAAACAGGCAGCAGCGACUCUCAGGUGUAUGCAGGCGCUCGUAACCGUGCAGGCUAGAGCUCGGGCUCAGAGAAUUAGAAAUGUUGAUGAAUCACCACCUUCUUCUCAGAGGCUGUCUACUCACAGGCGAUCAACUCAUGAACACCACCACCGAUAUAGACAUUCUUAUGAUAUGGACAGAAGUCCAGAUGAGAACAUAAAAAUUGUUGAGAUGGAUAUUGGCGAGGGCAUGGUCAUUUCAAAGAGCAGGAUAAGCAAUUCAGGAUCGUAUGAUAAAUCUGAGCAGAUGUUCUCUGCACACAAGAGGUCCCUACCACCUCUUCCAAAGCUGGACCGCGCUCAAUCUCCUGCACCCUCAACUGCAUACACUGAUCUCAGCCCAAGAGCUUGUAGUGGACAUUUUGAGGAGUUCUCAUUCGCUACUACACAGAGUAGCCCACAGUUCUUCUCGGCCAUGUCUAGGCCAUAUUCAAGCAAAGGCUUAUUUGGAGCUCCUAGACACGAGUAUGCAGAGUCGGUUUCCAACGACUACAGUUCUUGCCCCAGUUACAUGGCUAACACAGAAUCUUCUCGAGCUAAGGCACGGUCUCAGAGUGCACCAAAGCAGAGGCCUGAAACAUAUGAGAGAACAUCAUCUAGGAGGCGAACGUCUACGGAGAGCAGGAGCGUGCCUCGCGGCAUCCGGAUGCAGAGGUCAUCUUCACAAGUAGGAUCAACGUGCAAAGGCUAUCAGUAUACAGGUCCCAUCAAGCUUGACAGAUCAGCAAUGUCGCUAAAAGAUAGUGAAUGUGGUUCGUCCUGUUCUGUGCUCACAAACACCAAUUACUGCAGAUCUUUGGUUGCCGUAGAGGCAUAUGGCAACAGGAACUAACUCUACCUCUUACCCUCCGUCAUGAUUGUAUUUUUGAAGUGUGUGAUCUUCUUGAAAGUAGAAAGAAUAAUGCACAGAGCUUGACAGGCUGGUUCUGCAUCAACAAGUAAUGAGCCAGGCUGGAAUCUGCUGAAGAUGGUGCAUGACAAUCUCCCAACUGCAUCUGCCGGCUUAUGCAUUGCACCCAGUCCCUUUUAUGUAAAAUUCUUGCUUUACUUCCAUCCUCUGAUUGUGUCUGCUGAUUUGUCUCCAAUGUCUUUUUGUGUGGAAUGUAACAUGUUCAUGUUAUUUUAUUUUUUCCAUUUGUUAUACAAAGAACUUGACUGUAACCGAAUGUGCCCAAGAAUCAACCACAUAAGGCUUCCUUUCUGGUCUCUCUGGAAUG